UAAAGCCCCCACACUGAACUCUGUCUUCAGAAGCAGCUCUGGUGCCUGGGAGGAAGAGCUUUCACUCUCUUUUGACUUGAUGACAUCGGACCCGGGGGAUAAAGAAAUUAACUGAGAGAAAAUCAUCAUUCUGCAAGAUCAAAAUCAUGGCGUCGGUGACUCCAGACUAUGAUGACAGUACAGGAGCAGAUUACCCAGGAGAUGAAGAGCCCUGUGACCUCGACCCUAACCCCGUGGAGGUCAUCACCCAAACGUACAUCCACUCCUUCAUCUGUGCCUUUGGCCUGAUCGGCAACGCUCUCGUAAUCGCCACCUACAUAUUCUACAAGAGAACCAAGACAAUGACAGACGUCUAUCUCUACAAUGUGGCUGUGGCAGACCUGAUCUUUGUGGUCGCUCUGCCAUUUAUCAUAUACAACGAGCAGCACAGUUGGUUAAUGGGUCCUGUGGCUUGCAAGGUGCUGAGGUCAGCCUAUAGUAUCAACCUCUACAGUGGCAUGCUCCUGCUUGCUUGCAUUAGUGGCGACCGUUACGUCGCUAUAGUUCAGGCUAGAAGAUCCUUCGGCGCUCGCUCGCACACUCUGAUCUACAGCCGCCUUAUCUGCUCAGCUGUCUGGGUGUCUGCAGUGGCUUUAACUCUGCCCACGCUCCUCUACACGGAGCGCUUUGAAGAGCCAAAUCUGGGGGCUCAGACUGUCACUUUGAUGUGUCAGCUGUCUUUCAGUAAGAAUGAAACCGCAAAGCUAAUGAAGGUGGUGGUUCCCAGCCUUCAAAUGGCCAUUGGCUUCCUGCUACCUCUGCUGGUGAUGGUGUUCUGCUACUCCAGCAUCGUGUGCACCUUGCUGAGAGCAAAGAGCAGCCAGAGGCACAAGGCCAUCCGUGUGGUUUUGGCCGUUGUUGUGGUUUUCAUAGUGUGCCACCUUCCCUACAAUGUCUCUCUGCUGAACCACACUCUGUCUCUUUUUAAGGAGAGGAGUUGUGAAGCAGAAAAGAUUAAACUCCAAGUUCUGGCCAUUUCCAGGAGCAUAGCCUACCUCCACUGUUGUCUCAACCCCAUCCUCUAUGCCUUCAUUGGGGUGAAGUUCAGGAGCCACUUCCAGCAAAUAAUGCGUGACUUAUGGUGCUUUAGCAAAAUGUACAUCUACAAUGCUCGCUCAUCACGGGUGACGUCCGAUAUUUGCGCCUCAGGCCGCAUGUCUUCAGAUGGCUCCAACAAUAUGACAUCAUUCAGUGCAUGACUCUGCAGUGGUGCAAACCCUUUAAGGGGAUCAUUAGAAAUGCCAAAGAUCAAGCAGCCUCUCAUCUUUCCCAAGAUGUUACUUUGCUGUAGCUGUACAGAAGAAGCAUCUGUGCAAAAUGUGCUUAAAUAAAACAUGUACUGUAUUUGUAAUCUACUGAACUCUCAGCAAACAUUUGCAUGUUACCUUCAGUAGAGUGUUACAGGAAUGAGUCCUAAAACCAAGAAGUGAGUUAGCAUUUUAGCACUUCCUGUUCCCUCGUCUGGAAGUCAGUGGAUUUUUAGUUAAAAUACAUUAAAAAAUACAUUAAUAAACAUCCCACUCGUGAAGCUUUAACCUGUCUUAAAAAUGGCGGUUGUUAACAAAAAUGAUAAAAAGCGGUGUUCAUUUGUGGACAUUAUCUUACUGAACUAAUCAUAAAUGUUUGUUUGCCACAGAGUUUAUUUUCUGCAAUAAUCCAAAAUCCAAUAGAAAAAUACUAUUAGCUUUUUGGGAACCAGUGCAAUGCUAACUUCUGCGUUGGCUCACAAACAUACAUCAUCCCUGCAGCACUCUAUAUAAUAUACUAUAAUAUUGUAGAGGUCUUAUUUUUCCAAAGUGUUCUAAAAAGCACAGAUUAGACAGUUAGUCACUUUCUACAUGAAUGCAAUUUGUUUUAAGUAUUGCACUUCCAUAAAGUAGAUGGGAUGCCUCAGAGACAAAUUUAAAAAAGGUCAAAAUCAAAGCAACAGAGACUGAGAUAUCCUGACUUUUAAUUUGUAAUAAGGGUCAAAGUCCAAAAGAUGCCGAAUCCCACAUUUUUCAUAAUGCAACCACUAGCAUAAGACAUGCUCUGUCUUUCAAACUCCGUGCUCUAAGUUUGUAACACAGGCUUUCUGUUCAGAAUUUGUCUCAAAAUCCAUGCAGAGAUAAACCCCCCAAAAUCUAUCUGUUUUCACAGACUGAUUAAGCUGAUAGUCGUGUAAAAAUAGAAAAACUGCUCAAUUAGUGUAACUGUAACUGUUGAUCACAUGAUCACAGGUGAAAUUAAUAACACAAGGGCUCCAUUUUUUGUAAAGCUGCAUUCCAGACAACUUGGAACUCAAAAAUUUCCGACCUCCUACUAGAAGAAAUACAAUGGAACGCCAAUCAUAGUCGGAGUUCCUGCUUGUGAACUCCAGGCAAAUCCAUCUAUCUGACUUCAAAAAGAAGCAAUUGUCAAACGUCACACAACGCUGUACACGGUAAACCAUCAACUAAAAGGCAAUGUAAAGUACUUUUACCUGUAUUUAAUUAUAAUUAUAAAUACCAUCAUUUAGUAAAACCUGUUCUGCCUGUAAAUUGAUGUCUAAAUAUGUCGCUAUGUUAUUAGGUAGCUGGUUACGGCGAACAAUCUGAAAGUUAUCUUCUCUGCACAAAAGUUAUUCGGUAAAACAUUAAAAAUGCCAGAACAACGUGGAGGCUGCACUGCUGGAGAGUUCAAUUGUGUGUACACAAGAAACAUCAGUUUGUCACGGUCAGCCAUGGUUUUUGUUUGGCGUUGUGCACCUGGAACACUUGGAGAUGGAAGUUGGAAAUUUGAACUGAGAAAAUUCUGACCUCCGAGUUGUCUGGAACACAGACAACUCGGACAAUGAAGAGUCCCAGCACCUACUGUAAAUGGAAAAGAGCCAUCAUUUAUGUUAUUAAUUACACGUGUGCUAUUUAUCCUAUGACAAGUCAAAAUGACUGCUGUGAGAAACAUCUAUACAAUGGUUUUACAUGAUUUUAUGAUUAAGGCAUAAGCAUAUAAGAAUAUCUACUGAAUGUUGAGGUAAAAACAUACAUCUUAUGUCAAUAUCUUCAUUUUCAAGUACUCAGAUGGACAUAUAAAAUCCACUGCCAUUUUGAUGCACUUCUUGAGGCACAUGAAAUUACAAUUCAGUUACAAUUGUUUUUUUUUUAUUUAUAUUAUACACCUAAAAUUUGCAUAUAUUAUAUAUGAAUGGUUUCUUGAUAUAAAAAAAAAAAUGUAAAUACAAAAAGUAAAUUUCUCUGCUGAUGACAUUAUCCUGUUUACAUCUGGUAACUAGCAAGCCCUGUUCCACUUGCAUUUGAUUCAGUUCAGAAAUAUCUGAGUGAUUGUUAGUGCACAGAAAAUUUAAUAGAUUUCUACGCAAACACCUAGAUAUAUUUGCUCAUUAUGUGUUAUCCUUAAAACCUCAUCUGAAACCAAUUUCAAAGAAGUUGAAAGGCUUUUUUCUCUUUUUUUUAAGUCUGCCCUUGUGUAUCCUGUGUAUUCCCUCCUUCAGACACCACUGCUGUACAUUUACUAGUCUGCAAAAAGUUCAUUUCUCUGUGAUUAGUAUGAACAAGAUGAAAUAAGAGGGGAUGAAAUUUUUAUUUACAAAACACUGUCUAUAGAAUAAACCCAACAACAUCUUAUAUGCAUGUUAAAUCACAGGACUGGUUGACUUGGAUGUUCUGUGCAUGGAAACCAGAUCAUGACGAGUGCUUUUGUUGCUAUUGUUAAAAAUAUAACUGGAGGCACUGAUCUAUGAUUGAGACACAUUUGGAAGUUUUAUUGUUAUAUAGGCUACUUUGUUACCAUAACAACAACUUCUUGUUUUCUUGUAUUCCUAUGUAUGUUUUCUAGAACCAUAUACAGUACAUACUUAAUUUUGUUAUACCGUUUUUUAUGUUUUCUGUAUCUGAUUGUAUGCUUCUGUCACAUUGCCUGAUUAAAC